AUGAUUCAUAUCGUCUUCGAUGGACAAUUGCCAUAUUAUUCGCUCGCUGGUAGAGCUGCCAGCCAGGUUUCAGCCAAUCAUCCUUGUUCCUGUUUCAAACUACCCAUUGCGUGGUGUGUGUUGGAAAUGGAGGCAUGCUCGGCUCCACGGUGUUCCAGUUUGAUUGCCACGGAGCUGGUUUCGGACAAUUUCAAUGCUUCGUCCAAGAAUCGAUCAGUCACCUCUAGCUAG